GACGCGCCGCGCGGCUGGGCCAGGCGCUGCCUGCGCGGAGAGGCCGCAGACUGCAGAGCGAGCUGCGUUGUUCGGUUCGUCAAAAUUCGUGCAAGGCAAGGAAACCUAGAGGCGCAUCCGGCUCGGGAAGGCCAAGGCCAAGCGAGCGCCACCAAGCUACCGCGCCGCCCGGCGCUCCUCCAGCGGCUGCGGGAAGGCCCCGGCGACCGCCGGGACGUGAGAGCUCUGCGCAGGCGCGCGGGCCUGUGGGCGGAGCGGCGCAGGCGCAGGCGCGCGCGCGGAAGAUGGCGGCCGGGUUCAAAACUGUGGAACCUUUGGAGUAUUACAGAAGAUUUCUGAAAGAGAAUUGUCGCCCUGAUGGAAGAGAACUUGGAGAAUUCAGAACCACAACCGUUAAUAUAGGUUCAAUUAGUACUGCAGAUGGUUCUGCUUUAGUGAAGCUGGGAAAUACUACAGUAAUUUGUGGAAUUAAAGCAGAAUUUGCAGCACCACCAGCAGAUGCUCCUGAUAAAGGAUAUGUUGUUCCUAAUGUGGAUCUACCACCCCUGUGUUCGUCGAGAUUUCGGUCUGGACCUCCUGGAGAAGAGGCCCAGGUGGCCAGCCAGUUUAUUGCAGAUGUCAUUGACAAUUCACAGAUAAUUCAGAAAGAAGACCUAUGCAUUUCUCCUGGAAAGCUUGCUUGGGUUCUAUACUGUGAUCUCAUUUGCCUUGAUUAUGAUGGAAACAUUUUGGAUGCCUGCACAUUUGCUUUGUUAGCAGCUUUAAAAAAUGUACAGUUACCUGAAGUUACUAUUAAUGAAGAAACUGCUUUAGCAGAAGUUAAUUUAAAGAAAAAAAGUUACUUGAAUAUCAGAACUCACCCAGUUGCAACUUCCUUUGCCAUCUUUGAUGACACUUUGCUUAUAGUUGACCCUACCGGGGAGGAAGAGCAUCUGGCAACAGGAACCUUAACGGUCGUAAUGGAUGAGGAAGGCAAACUCUGUUGUCUUCACAAACCAGGUGGAAGUGGACUGACUGGUGCUAAACUUCAAGACUGUAUGAGCCGAGCAGUUACAAGACAUAAAGAAGUAAAAAAACUGAUGGAUGAAGUAAUUAAGAGUAUGAAACCCAAAUAAAUAGCCAUGUUUUCAAAACAGAUUUGUAAAAAAUGUAUUUGUUAUAUUGUGCACAAUUCUUUUAUACUAAAUAAAUAUCAAACUACAAUCUUCUGAAAGAUGUUU